UUUGGCGGGCUGCGCCUCCCUCGGCCAGCGCCCGGAGCCGGUCGGCGGGGAGUGGCCGGAGGCGGCAUGGCCCGCGAGCCCAAGGAAGAGGAGACCGUGAGGCCAGCCGCUCUGGUUCGCCGCUGUCCCCGCUGCCCUGGCUGGCCUGGGGCCCCGCGGCCGCCCCUCUGGCUGCUCUGCCUAGUGGCAUGCUGGAUCCUGGGCGCCGUGGCCGACGCCGACUUCUCCAUCCUGGACGAGGCGCAAGUGCUGGCGAGCCAGAUGCGGAGGCUGGCGGCCGAGGAGCUAGGGGUGGUCACCAUGCAGCGGAUCUUCAACUCCUUGGUUUACACAGAGAAAAUCUCCAAUGGAGAGAGCGAAGUGCAGCAGCUAGCCAAAAAAAUUCGUGAGAAGUUCAACCGUUACCUGGACGUGGUCAAUCGCAACAAGCAAGUUGUGGAAGCGUCGUAUACCGCUCACCUGACAUCCCCGCUGACCGCCAUCCAGGACUGCUGCACAAUCCCGCCUUCCAUGAUGGAGUUUGAUGGGAACUUUAAUACCAACGUAUCGAGGACAGUGAGUUGUGAUCGACUUUCUACUACCGUGAACAGCAGAGCCUUCAACCCGGGUCGAGACUUAAAUUCAGUUCUUGCAGACAACCUGAAAUCCAACCCUGGAAUCAAGUGGCAGUAUUUCAGCUCGGAGGAAGGAAUUUUCACUGUCUUCCCAGCACACAAGUUCCGGUGUAAGGGCAGCUAUGAGCAUCGCAGUCGGCCCAUAUAUGUCUCUACUGUCCGGCCGCAGUCCAAGCACAUAGUCGUGAUCCUAGACCAUGGGGCCUCAGUCACUGACACCCAGCUCCAGAUUGCCAAGGAUGCUGCUCAGGUCAUUCUCCGUGCCAUUGAUGAACAUGAUAAGAUUUCUGUGUUGACUGUGGCAGACGCCGUCAGGACAUGCUCACUGGACCAGUGCUAUAAGACAUACCUAUCCCCGGCCACCAGUGAGACAAAAAGGAAAAUGUCCACCUUUGUUAGCAGUGUGAAGCCUUCUGACAGCCCUACCCAGCAUGCAGUGGGGUUUCACAGAGCAUUCCAGUUGAUUCGAAGCACCAGCAAUAACACUCGGUUCCAAUCAAAUACAGACAUGGUCAUUAUUUACCUGUCAGCGGGCAUCACAUCAAAGGACUCCUCCGAAGAAGAUAAAAAGGCAACUCUCCGCGUCAUCAAUGAAGAAAAUGGCUUUCUGAACAACUCCGUAAUGAUUCUUACCUAUGCCCUCAUGAAUGAUGGGGUGACUGGAUUGAAGGAGUUGGCGUUCCUCAGGGAUCUGGCUGAACAGAACUCUGGGAAAUAUGGGAUCCCGGACCGGACAGCCUUGCCUGUGAUAAAGGGCAGCAUGAUGGUGCUGAACCAGCUGAGCAACCUGGAGACCACAGUUGGCAGGUUCUACACUAACCUUCCCAACCGGAUGAUUGACGAGGCUGUCUUCAGCCUCCCCUUCUCUGACGAGAUGGGGGAUGGUCUGAUAAUGACUGUGAGUAAACCCUGUUACUUUGGAAAUCUCCUCCUGGGAAUCGUAGGUGUGGACGUGAACCUGGCUUACAUUCUUGAAGACGUGACAUAUUACCAAGACUCUUUGGCUUCCUAUACUUUUCUCAUAGAUGACAAAGGGUAUACACUUAUGCAUCCAUCUCUUACCAGGCCAUACUUACUGUCAGAGCCCCCCCUUCAUACUGACAUCAUACAUUACGAAAAUAUCCCCAAGUUUGAACUGGUUCGGCAAAAUAUCCUAAGCCUCCCUCUAGGCAGCCGGAUUAUCACAGUCCCUGUGAACUCAUCUCUGUCUUGGCACAUAAACAAGCUGAGGGAGACUGGAAAGGAAGCCUACAAUGUGAGCUACGCCUGGAAGAUGGUACAGGACACUUCCUUCAUUCUGUGUAUUGUGGUGAUCCAACCGGAAAUACCUGUCAAACAAUUGAAGAACCUCAACACCGUGCCCAGCAGCAAGCUGCUGUACCACCGGCUAGAUCUCCUGGGCCAACCUAGCGCUUGCCUCCACUUCAAGCAGCUGGCGACUCUAGAAAGUCCAACCGUCAUGCUGUCCGCCGGCAGCUUUUCCUCCCCCUACGAGCACCUCAGCCAGCCCGAGACCAAGCGCAUGGUGGAGCAUUACACGGCCUAUCUCAGUGACAACACUCGCCUCAUUGCUAACCCAGGACUCAAAUUCUCUGUCCGGAAUGAAGUGAUGGCGACCAGCCACGUCACAGAUGAAUGGAUGACACAGAUGGAAAUGAGCAGCCUGAACACAUACAUUGUCCGCCGUUACAUAGCAACACCCAAUGGCGUCCUCAGAAUUUAUCCUGGGUCCCUCAUGGACAAAGCAUUUGAUCCCACUAGGAGACAGUGGUAUCUUCAUGCGGUAGCUAAUCCAGGGCUGAUUUCUCUGACUGGUCCUUACCUCGACGUUGGAGGAGCUGGCUAUGUGGUGACGAUCAGUCACACAAUUCAUUCAUCCAGUACACAGCUGUCUUCCGGACACACUGUGGCUGUGAUGGGCAUUGACUUCACCCUGAGGUACUUCUACAAAGUUCUGAUGGACCUCUUACCAGUUUGUAACCAAGAUGGUGGCAACAAAAUAAGGUGCUUCAUAAUGGAGGACAGAGGUUAUCUGGUGGCUCAUCCAACCCUCGUUGACCCCAAAGGCCAUGCACCUCUGGAGCAACAACACAUCACCCACAAGGAGCCCCUGGUAGCAAAUGAUAUCCUGAACCACCCAAACUUUGUGAAGAAGAACCUGUGCAACAGCUUCAGUGACCGGACCGUGCAGAGAUCUUAUAAAUUCAAUACCAGCCUGGUGGGGGAUCUGACGAACCUUGUGCAUGGCAGCCACUGUUCUAAGUACCGCUUGACGAGGAUCCCAGGAACCAACGCAUUUGUCGGCGUCGUCAAUGAGACCUGCGACUCCCUCGCCUUCUGCGCUUGCAGCAUGGUGGACCGUCUCUGUCUCAACUGUCACCGAAUGGAACAAAAUGAAUGUGAAUGUCCUUGUGAGUGCCCCCUGGAGGUCAAUGAGUGCACUGGCAACCUCACCAAUGCAGAGAACAGAAACCCGAGCUGUGAGGUCCACCAGGAGCCAGUGACAUACACAGCUAUCGACCCCAGCCUGCAAGACGCCCUGCACCAGUGUGUGAACAGCAGGUGCAACCAGAGGCUGGAAAGUGGGGACUGUUUCGGUGUGCUGGACUGCGAAUGGUGUGUGGUGGACAGCGACGGAAAGACCCACCUGGACAAGUCCUACUGUGCGCCCCAGAAAGAGUGCUUCGGAGGGAUCGUGGGAGCCAAGAGUCCCUACGUUGAUGACAUGGGGGCCAUCGGUGACGAGGUGAUUACGUUAAACAUGAUCAAGAGUGCCCCCGUGGGCCCUGUCGCCGGAGGGAUCAUGGGCUGCAUCAUGGUGUUGGUCCUUGCCGUGUACGCUUACCGCCACCAGAUUCAUCGCCGCAGCCACCAGCAUAUGUCUCCUCUUGCUGCUCAGGAAAUGUCAGUGCGUAUGUCCAACCUGGAGAAUGACAGAGAUGAAAGGGACGAGGACAGCCACGAAGACAGGGGCAUCAUCAGCAACACUCGAUUCAUAGCUGCCGUCAUGGAGCGACAUGCACACAGUCCUGAAAGGAGACGGCGCUACUGGGGCCGCUCGGGUACCGAAAGCGAUCAUGGGUACAGCACCAUGAGUCCGCAGGAAGACAGUGAGAACCCUCCAUGCAACAAUGACCCCUUGUCAGCUGGGGUGGACGUAGGCAACCAUGAUGAGGACUUGGACCUGGACACCCCACCCCAGACGGCAGCCCUGCUAAGUCACAAGUUCUACCACUACCGCUCACACCACCCGACCCUCCAUCACAGCCACCACCUCCAGGCAGCUGUGACAGUGCACACCGUGGACGCCGAGUGCUAACAGGCCGAGGGGCCCUGGUGAUGCGGGAUGCUCUGAGAAGACAUGAGCGGGCGUGAAACUCUGGCCCGUGAGACACUUGGUGUCUGUGCUUUGUCAGUGAAGUCCGAGGCCUUUGCUGCCUGCUGGCGUGUUUAAAAACUGAAACCACAAAGUCCUGUUUGUGAGAAGCUGAAGCUGGUUCUGAAAUGGAAGCCGGGGGGCGGGGGCCCCCCCGGUGCUGAUGAACUGACCUGCCAUAAUGGAAUGGAAGCCUAGGCAAAGCUCCAACAGAGACACUUGUCGAGGAAACUGAGCCAGAGGAAUGUUCCCAGCACCAGAAGCACUCGACCCCUUCCCUGGAAGAGGGCUGGAACAGAUGCCAGGAACGUGGCACACACCCGAUGCCACCAACCGCUGGACGGACAUCCUUGUUUCCUAGCGGUGCCUGGACACCACCGUAACUGUCCGGAACCGAACUCACCUUGAGCUCUAAAUGAUGCAUCUCAAAGUUUCUAAGUAAAGGAUUAUUUUUCUACUAUUUAUUGUGAACUUUCAAACUUUGGGGGGAGGGGGAGGAAACGAGAGAUUCUCGGCCAUAACCCUGGCUGUUGUGUGUGGUGGCGUUGUUGUGUGAUUAAGGAGUUGUGUUUCUUAUUUAACUGGUGAGCUUCCCACCACCCUGAUCCACAAAAAAAAAAAGGGGGGGGGGGUGAAGAACUCUUCCUUUGGCUUGUUGACGUCACUUUGCGGAAACACGUCAUCUGUGACAGUGUUCCCUUCCCGAAGGGGCAGUGAUCCAAGACGUUUUCAAAGAAAUUCCAUUCCUUUAGAAUCCAUUUCCACCUCCCAUAGAAUGUUUUUCUUAGGUUUCUACGAAAUCUAGUAUUAUAGCCCCAGCCUUUCAGUUGAGGGAGGCUUGGGCUUAUUCUCUUUGUUUUAAAGACUAUAAAUUUUAAAAUGUCUCAUUUUUUGACUCUGAGAAUAUUAAACAGAUAAAGGAAGACAUUUUAAAAUUGUGCAAGUGUGGUUCUUAAAAGAUUUCUUUUGAAAUCAUAGCUCGAAGCUGCUGCCACUGAAUUCACCCAACUGCUUUUGACUCUGCAGGGAUUCAUCCAAUGGCUUCUUUGGCGCGGGGCAUUGUGAUUUUAAAGUAGUGUUCUAAUUACAGUGGUGUAUUUUAGAUUCACAUUUUGUGAUUCAAAUAUGUUAUGAAGACAUUCUUUGCACCAUGCGUGUGGUAAAUCUCCGUUUAUAUGUAGUUGGAAAAAUUCACGGAAUAAUGUUUUAAUGAUAGGGUAUCAUGAUAUACUGUAAAAAAAAUAAAUAAAUAAAUAAAAAUUGGGUCCUCAGCACUACAGAAAGUAAACUAUAUAUGUGCUACCCGGAAACCCCUUCAUACUGUGUAUAAAAUUGCAGUCUAGUGAAAUAAACUGUAUGCCACAAA